GAGUGCACCUCUUUUCCUAGAGGUAACACGCGCAAGUCUUAUCGGGAGGCUCUGCGAGAGAGCAGCGCGAAGCGAUGGCUUCUGGGCCCGGGGGCGGACCGUAUCGCGUAGCCGGAAGCGGGGGCGCGGAGGCGGGUCUGAGGUUUGGUAGCUGCGGCGCAGGCGGCGGGCAGCUGUGUGUCUUGCUCCUUUUGACAGCCCCUAGUGCGAACGGCUGCCACCAUGUCAUCAGUGAGCCCCAUCCAGAUCCCCAGCCGCCUCCCGUUGCUGCUCACCCACGAGGGCGUCUUGCUGCCCGGCUCCACCAUGCGCACCAGCGUGGACUCGGCCCGCAACCUGCAGCUCGUGCGGAACCGCCUGCUAAAGGGCACGUCGCUGCAGAGCACCAUCCUGGGCGUCAUUCCCAACACACCUGACCCCGCCAGCGACGCGCAGGACCUACCGCCGCUGCACAGGAUUGGCACAGCUGCACUGGCCGUUCAGGUUGUGGGUAGUAACUGGCCCAAGCCCCACUAUACUCUGUUGAUUACAGGCCUGUGCCGUUUCCAGAUUGUACAGGUCUUAAAAGAGAAGCCAUAUCCCAUUGCUGAAGUAGAGCAAUUGGACCGACUUGAGGAGUUUCCCAGCACCUGUAAAAUGAGGGAGGAGCUAGGAGAACUAUCGGAGCAGUUUUACAAAUAUGCAGUACAAUUGGUUGAAAUGUUGGAUAUGUCUGUCCCUGCAGUUGCUAAAUUGAGACGUCUUUUAGAUAGUCUUCCAAGGGAAGCUUUACCAGACAUCUUGACAUCAAUUAUCCGAACAAGCAACAAAGAGAAACUCCAGAUUUUAGAUGCUGUGAGCCUAGAGGAGCGGUUCAAGAUGACUAUACCACUGCUUGUCAGACAAAUUGAAGGCCUGAAAUUGCUUCAAAAAACCAGAAAACCCAAGCAAGAUGAUGAUAAGAGGGUUAUAGCAAUACGCCCUAUUAGGAGAAUUACACAUAUCUCAGGUACUUUAGAAGAUGAAGAUGAAGAUGAAGAUAAUGAUGACAUUGUCAUGCUAGAGAAAAAAAUACAAACAUCUAGUAUGCCAGAGCAGGCCCAUAAAGUCUGUGUCAAAGAGAUAAAGAGACUCAAAAAAAUGCCUCAGUCAAUGCCAGAAUAUGCUCUGACUAGAAAUUAUUUGGAACUUAUGGUAGAACUUCCUUGGAACAAAAGCACAACUGACCGCCUGGACAUUAGGGCAGCCCGGAUUCUUCUGGAUAAUGACCAUUAUGCCAUGGAAAAAUUGAAGAAAAGAGUGCUGGAAUACUUGGCUGUCAGACAGCUGAAAAAUAACCUGAAGGGCCCAAUCCUGUGCUUUGUUGGCCCUCCUGGGGUUGGUAAAACAAGUGUGGGAAGAUCAGUGGCCAAGACUCUAGGUCGAGAGUUCCAUAGGAUUGCACUUGGAGGAGUAUGUGAUCAGUCUGACAUUCGAGGACACAGGCGCACCUAUGUUGGCAGCAUGCCUGGUCGCAUCAUCAAUGGCUUGAAGACUGUGGGAGUGAACAACCCAGUGUUCCUAUUAGAUGAGGUUGACAAACUGGGAAAAAGUCUACAGGGUGAUCCCGCAGCAGCUCUGCUCGAGGUGUUGGAUCCUGAACAAAACCAUAACUUCACAGAUCAUUAUCUAAAUGUGGCCUUUGACCUUUCUCAAGUUCUUUUUAUAGCUACCGCCAACACCACUGCCACCAUUCCAGCUGCCUUGUUGGACAGAAUGGAGAUCAUUCAGGUUCCAGGGUAUACACAGGAGGAGAAGAUAGAGAUUGCCCAUAGGCACUUGAUCCCCAAGCAGCUGGAACAACAUGGGCUGACUCCUCAGCAGAUUCAGAUCCCCCAGGUCACCACUCUUGACAUCAUCACCAGGUAUACCAGAGAGGCAGGGGUUCGUUCUCUGGAUAGAAAACUUGGGGCCAUUUGCCGAGCUGUGGCCGUGAAGGUGGCAGAAGGACAGCAUAAGGACGCCAAGUUGGAUCGUUCUGAUGUGACUGAGAGAGAAGGUUGCAGAGAACACAUCUUAGAAGAUGAAAAACCUGAAUCUAUCAGUGACACUACUGACUUGGCUCUACCACCUGAAAUGCCGAUUUUGAUUGAUUUCCAUGCUCUGAAAGACAUCCUUGGGCCCCCGAUGUAUGAAAUGGAGGUAUCUCAGCGUUUGAGUCAGCCAGGAGUAGCAAUAGGUUUGGCUUGGACUCCCUUAGGUGGAGAAAUCAUGUUCGUGGAGGCGAGUCGAAUGGAUGGCGAGGGCCAGUUAACUCUGACCGGCCAGCUCGGGGACGUGAUGAAGGAGUCCGCCCACCUCGCGAUCAGCUGGCUACGCAGCAACGCAAAGAAGUACCAGCUGACUAACGCUUUUGGAAGUUUUGAUCUUCUUGACAACACAGACAUCCAUCUGCACUUCCCAGCUGGAGCUGUCACAAAAGAUGGACCAUCUGCUGGAGUUACCAUAGUAACCUGUCUCGCCUCACUUUUUAGUGGGCGGCUGGUACGUUCAGAUGUAGCCAUGACUGGAGAAAUUACACUGAGAGGUCUUGUUCUUCCAGUGGGUGGAAUUAAAGACAAAGUGCUGGCGGCACACAGAGCGGGACUGAAGCAAGUCAUUAUUCCUCGGAGAAAUGAAAAAGACCUUGAGGGAAUCCCAGGCAAUGUACGACAGGAUUUAAGUUUUGUCACAGCAAGCUGCCUGGAUGAGGUUCUUAAUGCAGCUUUUGAUGGUGGCUUUACUGUCAAGACCAGACCUGGUCUGUUAAAUAGCAAACUGUAGGCCCAAAUCUCAACUUUUUAGAAUUUUAAGUUAUGAAGUGCUCAAAGGUACUGACACGGUUGAUUUUAUUCACACCAUUUGGGGUAUGCAAGAUGUCCCUGUUUCGUAACCAUAAUCACAACAGUAAUAAACCAAGUAGUGGCUAGUGUUUAGUAUAGAAACAUAAGAUGUUGAUUUAGUAAACUGAUAAAAAUUGAAUUCUUGUCUUGUUUUUAGUGGGAUCCUUACUGUCCCUAGAAAAAUACAGCAUAGUGGUUCUCAGCACAGUCUCCAGAACAGAAGCAUCUGUAGUACCUGAUAACUUGUUAGAAAUGUACAUUCUCAGGCUCCACAGCAGGCCGCCUGAAUCAAAUCCUGGGAGGUGGGGGCAGAAAUCUGUUUUAAGAAGCCUUUCAGGUAAUUCUGCUGCACAGUCAAGGAACCACUGGUAUAGACCAUUACUUAAUGGAUUUACCUGUAGAGUUUAUUGGAUCCUGAAACCAAUCACUUAGAACUGGGCAAAGAUGAAAGUAUAGCCAACUAUUCUUGACUAUAUAUAUAUUCAGGUAGACUGGGUGUGAUGGCUCACACCUGUAAUUCCAGCACUAUGGGAGGUCGAGGCAGGCAGAUCACUGAGCCCAAGAGUUCAAGACCAUCCUGGCCAAUGGCCAAACUCUGUCUCUACAAAAAAUAAAUUAUACAGGCGUGGUGGCAUGUGCCUGUAAUCCCAGCUACUCGGGAAGCUGAAGCACAAGAAUUGCCUGAACCCAGGAGGUGGAGAUUGCACUGAGCUGGGAUCACGCCAUUGCACUUCAGCCUGGCUGACAGAGCAAGACUGUCUCUAAAAAAGAAAAGACUCAAGUGGACCCUACGAAGAAGCUUACACAUCCCAACAGAAGCCCCUUCUUAUGCUGAGGGAAGCAGCCCUCAGAACAUGAUAGCUUGUAUCCAGCAGAGUGGCACAUGCUGGCACACCUCACAGAAGCACCUUGGCCCUGGAUGCCUGCAACCUCAGAAGAAUGCAGCUCCCGGAGGGAGGCAGCCAUCCAUCUGGGAUGGUCCUAAGCAUGGAAUCGUAACUCCUGAUUCCGUCUCCUAUUUCUUGCUUGGCUACGCCAGUUCCCAAAUCUGAUAGAUGUCCAUGCCCAUGUGCUCCUGCUGGGACUCAAUCCAGGCUGUGUAUGACUAUGAAGUCAGGAUCAUCUGCUUACUGGCUAUGUGAACUUUUUGUAUCUUGGUUUUUUCCUCAUCCAUGAAAUCUAAGUAAUGCUACCUAAUUGUUACUGUGAAGAUUAAGUUCAAAUGCAAUGUGAAAUAAUAUUAAGCAAUUUCUAGUUAUUAUUCUAGCCAGUAAUGGACUUCAGAAUCUUAUAUUACACAAUAUAAGAAUAUAUAUGUAAAGACAUUUUGGAAUUUCCUGGAUGAGAAGGAAGUCUGGACUGGGCAUGGUGGCCCACGCCUGUAACCCCAGCACUUUGGGAAGUCGAGGCGAGUGGAUCACUUAAGCUCAGGAGUUCAAGACCAGCCUGGGCAACAUGGCAAAACCCCAUUUCUACAAAAAAUACAAAAAUUAGCUGGGCAUGUUGGCACCUGCCUGUAGUCUAGCUACUUGAGGCUGAGGUGGGAGGAUAAGGGAGGUCAAGGCUGCAGUGAGCCAAGAUCACGCCACUGAACUCCAGCAGCCUGGGUGACAGAAUGAGACCCUGUCUCAAAAAAAA